AUGAAUUCUAAAUCGAAGGGCAUUCGUCAACAUGGUCCCACUAGAAACGCCAACACUAUCAACCUUGACACACAUCGCACCCAUGUAAUCAAUCUCACCCAUCAUCUUCUACUCCAUGCUCCCUUUAAUUAUACUGUCCAUUCUCGCUGCUUCUCGAACCCACCCCAAACUAAUCACAGAGAUAGAGGGUUGAGUCUCAGUUCUUCCAUGGCCUUUGUUCACUAUCUACUAGCCGUGCCCGUCGAAACGUCAAUUUCUCACAAAAAAUCUAUUCUCGCUCCGUCAUUAUUGACAUCGCUAUCGCCAUCGGCUUCUUCUUCUUCUUUUUCUUCAUCUUCAGGCUCUGUAUUUUCAGUAGCAUUAUCUUAUUCUUGUUCUUCUACUCAUUCUUCUCUCGAGUCAAAGGAUCGUAAACUCUCUAUCAUUCCCAAGCUCUGCAGAAUCGGAGACAGAGCAAAGGCUACGCCACAAGAAUCUGAAGUCAGUCCAGCUCCAGACUCCUUUACUCAAUUCAAGCAUCUGCUUCUGCCAAUCACAGACCGGAAUCCUUUUCUCUCUGAGGGAACAAGACAGGCUGCAGCAACUACUGCUGCUUUGGCAAAUAAGUAUGGAGCUGACAUAACUGUCGUGGUUAUUGAUGAAAAGCAAAAAGAAUCCUUACCUGAGCAUGACACCCAGCUAUCUAGCAUCCGCUGGCAUCUAUCUGAAGGUGGAUUCCAGGAGUUUAAGUUGUUAGAGCGACUAGGGGAAGGGAACAAGCCAACAGCCAUAAUUGGGGAGGUUGCUGAUGACAUGAAUUUGGACUUGGUUAUAAUGAGCAUGGAAGCCAUCCAUUCCAAGCAUGUGGAUGCAAACUUGCUAGCUGAGUUCAUUCCUUGCCCUGUCUUACUUUUGCCAUUGUAGAAUGAUAUUUAUGUCUCAAGGCCCUGCCACUGACUGAACUUUUGUAUGCAAGUGUUCUUAUGGGUUCUCUCAAAUAAUUCAUCUGCUCUCUAACUUUGUGUAUUACAUUACCUUAACUCUCUUUUGUUGGGCUUGCUUUACUGCUGUAAAUAUUCAAUACAACGGGUAUAAUGCGUCAUCAUUGAAAUGUGAUAUCGUCAUUGCAAUAAUAAGUCAAUAUAUGGGCAAAGUUAAUUCUACA